GAGCAAUGGGAGGGGAAAAAGGAGGGCAGAGGAGCAUAGGACGAGGGAGGCACAAGUACUUCUGCUGGUAAUUCUUUCCAUGCCCUUUUGCAUGUGAGAACGCUUCCAUCUCGUCCUCGACCGGGCUUGACCUGCCUGCAGCUGUUUCUGAUCAUCGGCAACGACACCGUCCCUGUUCUGCAGAGGACCCAGACCCUUCCGGAAGAAGAUUGAUUGAUUCGUUUACUUUUACGUGUUAUAUCCGUGCUUGUGUGGCAUCAACGGGGUGUCCGCCUGCAAACACCCUCUGACAUACAUUCAUUCAACGUUUCUUUGAUGAGAAACCACAGCGUGUCAUUUAUCCAUCCUUUAAUCGUUUAGCGUAGAAAGAGAGCUUGCUGUUCCUCCUUCGGCGUAAUAAAGAGUCCAUUGUGCAUCAGCCGGUGGAUUAUAAGAGACUUUGACACACAAGAACAGAUCGAGAUCUGUCUAUCAUACGGCCCUGUUGACGACUCUAUCCUGUCAGAAGAAGAGGAAUGUACAUUUUUCUUAAUAACCUGCCGAAGUGUCAACAUUGCCUGCCCGUGAGAAAACCUCAAACCUCAGUAUGGCUCUACAUUCACAAGAUCAGGAUCUUUAGAACACUUUGAUCAGAGAUAGAUCUUUGCUUGAGAAACUGCUCAACCUCAGGCAAUAACAUACGUCAUAUCAAAGCCAAGCAACAUCCGCUAAAGCUCUGUGGUCUCCGAGGCUUCAUGACUGGCAGCCCAGAAAGCAGUUCUGGGAAGUAACUCUAAAUCUCAAGGUUCACGUCUCUGGUAAAGACAAAGGCCGUGGAAGAUCCUGUCAAUCAACGUCUCCAAAAAGCCAGUUUGUCCAUCAGUCUGAAGGGAAACAAACGCACCUGACGGAUCUUGACGUGACACCUGCUGAGGAGCUUCUGUUUAAGGAUCACCGGAUUAAUCAUGGCCGACUGGAGUUUGCUAGGAAACUUUCUGGAAGAAGUCCAAGAACACUCCACCUCGGUGGGAAAGGUGUGGCUCACCAUCCUCUUCAUCUUCAGGAUCCUGGUUUUGGGCACGGCAGCGGAGUCGUCCUGGGGCGACGAACAGGAAGACUUCACCUGCGACACCGAGCAGCCCGGCUGCGAGAACGUUUGCUACGACCAAGCCUUCCCCAUAGCGCAUAUACGGUACUGGGUGCUUCAGAUAGUGUUCGUUUCCACGCCCUCUCUCAUCUACGUGGGUCACGCCAUGCACAGCGUCCGGAUAGAGGAGAAGAGAAGGAAAGAGCAGGAAGAGGACGGAGCCCAGAGAGAUCGAGGAAAGUACCCAGAGGAGGAAAAGCAUUGUGAGGAGGAUGAGGGCGGUGGGGGUAAAGUGCGAUUGAAAGGUGCCCUGCUGCAAACGUACGUACUGAGCAUUCUCCUCCGCAGCGUGAUGGAGGUGAUCUUCAUCGUGGCCCAGUACAUGAUCUACGGGGUCUUCCUGAACACGCUCUACGUGUGUAGGGCCUCUCCGUGCCCGCAUCCGGUGAACUGCUACAUCUCCCGACCUACAGAGAAGAAUGUGUUUAUCGUGUUCAUGCUAAGUGUGGCGGGCGUGUCUCUUUUUCUAAGUAUUGUGGAAUUAUAUCACUUGGCAUGGAAGCAUUGUAAGAAGUGUGUGGACAGAUACAAAGCCUCAAAGCAACGUCCGAACACCCCAUCCACUGUAGCCGCGGCCUCACCGAAUCCAUCCACGCCGAUUCGUGCUUGCACUCCACCUCCCGAUUUCAACCAGUGCCUGGUGAGGUUACCCCCAUCGUCACCCAAUGUACAGACACACGGUCACUCCAUAACACACCCGAGCUGCCCACCCUUUCACGACCGACUGGCACACCAGCAGAAUUCAGUGAAUUUGGCCACCGAACGCAACCACGGUGAGGACUACCUGGGGGUGGAUUUCUUCAAGAUGAGCUUUUCGCAAGCACCCACAGACACACCCAACUCGUACGCCUCUCCUUUGUUGCUAAGCAGCGAACAUGUAGAGGACAGGAGACGGUUUAGCAAGAGCAGCGGAGCCAGCAGCCGCAUGAGACCGGAUGACCUUACAGUAUAGGGUCGACCAAUCGCAUUCUCAACCGGGAUGUGUGGGGGUUACUUGGAAAGAGUCUAGUGAUGUUGCGCUUGAUCUAACAGAACUGUUUAAAACAUGACAAGAAUCUGUUCACACAUUCGCACAAUGCGACUAGUUACGACUUUAAGAUCUUCAUUCAUUUUGAACACAACUUCACUUUAAAGGUCCAGUGUGUCAUUUUAUUUGGUGGACCUAUUGACAGAAAUGCAAUAUAAUAUACAUAACCAUGUCUUCAGAGGUGUAUAAAGACCUUACAUAAUGAAGCGUUAUUUUUUAUUUCCUAAGAAUGAAAUAUUUCUUACGUGGAGUUCUCCAUGUUGUUUCUACAGUAGCCCUAAAUGGACAAACUGCUCCACGGAGCAUGAUUACUUUAUCUCACCUUCAUAUACUGGACCUUUAUCUCAACAGAUAUGUUAAAUCUUAUAUUUAACAUGAAGCAUUCAAUGUUUUCAAAUCUGCAUUCAAAUCUGCAUUCAGAGACUUCAAUGCAUCUGUGAUGUAGGAGGUUCUUUUCUGCAUGUGAACAUUCAGGUCUAAAAAUAUAGAUUCUUGCAUCAAAGUCCCCAUUGACUCCCGUUACAUGGACGCAAAACGAUAUUCUCAAAAUAUCUUCUUUUGUGUUCCAUUGAGAGAAAAAAGCACAUAUAGGUUUUGAAUCACAUAAGUGAGAAAAAAAUAAGAUUUUUGGUGAACUAUCCCUUUUAUAUGAUUCAUCUAACUUCAUUAUAAAUCAUAUGUGUGCACUUGAUAUACAUAUACCCUGUGCCAAAAAAGUGAGAACAACAGAAAAAUGGGUAAUGGCGACAUGUUAAAGGAUCUUUAGCAUCAAAAAUUAAGUAUUGAUUUGGAAUAAAUGUCUUACACACAGACUUGUGAAACCAACAUUAUGAACGGAGUCAACUGGGUCAAAGAAUCCACCAACCUAUAACAUAUUUUUAAAAAAGGUAAAUGAGAAAGACCAAUGUGAAAAUAAAAUCCUUAUUGUAAAUCAUCAGACCAUUAAUAUCUUUGUCACAUGCAGCUCUUUAAAAACAUCAAUGGAAGUUACAUCACAUUUCACACUAUCCUAUCAAUAUUGUGAUUUGGUCUUGGAUUUGUAUAAACUGAGAGACUGUAUAAACUCAA